AGAGUAACUAUCCACUUCCUGAACACUGUUUGUUUAGUAGCCAUUCGAUCGUUUUGUUUAACUUGCCUUAUAUUUCUCUAGUUUUCUGGUCUUUUUCGUCUCUUCUUAAUCCCAUUAACCACAUCGCCUAAAGCAACAAAAUGAUCAGUGCCAGACUUUUAUCAAAAUCUACUAUCAAACCUUCAUUGGUUUCCAAAAGAGCGUUUCAUUAUUCAUCUUUCGCUUUAAGUAAGAGAAUUGAAACUGAUGCUUUUGGUGAAAUCGAGGUUGAAGACUCCAAGUACUGGGGUGCCCAAACCCAAAGAUCUUUACAAAACUUCGAUAUUGGUCAACCAACUGCUAGAAUGCCAGUUCCGGUUAUCAAGUCUUUUGGUAUCUUGAAAAAAUCAACCUCAAUUAUAAACGAAAAAUACGGUACUUUAAAACCUGAAAUUGCCAAAGCUAUUCAACAAGCUGCAACUGAGGUUGUGGAAGGUAAAUUAACUGACCACUUCCCAUUAGUCGUCUUCCAAACCGGUUCUGGUACUCAGUCAAACAUGAACGCCAAUGAAGUUAUCAGUAACAGAGCUAUUGAAAUCUUAGGUGGUAAAAAAGGUUCCAAAAGCCCUGUUCACCCAAAUGACCAUGUCAACAUGUCCCAAUCUUCCAACGAUACUUUCCCAACUGUCAUGCACAUCGCAGCUGUCUUGGAAAUUACAAACACUUUGAUUCCAGAAUUGAACUUGUUCAAGGACUCAUUAGCUAAGAAAGUUGACGAAUUCAAAGACAUUGUCAAAAUUGGUAGAACCCAUUUACAAGACGCUACUCCAUUAACUUUAGGUCAAGAGUUUUCUGGUUACUUGCAACAAGUUAUUAAUGGUAUUGCCAGAGUUGAAUCCACCUUGCCAAACUUGAAAUAUUUAGCUCAAGGUGGUACUGCUGUUGGUACCGGUUUAAAUACCAGAAAAGGUUGGGAUUCUGAUGUUGCCAACACUGUUGGUGAACUUACUGGUAUUGAUUUUAAACCCGCUCCAAACAAAUUUGAAGCUUUAGCUGCUCAUGACGCUAUUGUUGAAGCCUCCGGUGCUUUGAAUACUUUGGCAGUUUCUUUAUUCAAAAUUGCUCAAGAUAUUAGAUACUUGGGUUCUGGUCCAAGAUGUGGUUAUGGCGAAUUAUCUCUUCCAGAAAAUGAACCAGGUUCCUCAAUUAUGCCUGGUAAAGUCAACCCAACUCAAAAUGAAGCCUUGACCAUGAUCUGUACUCAAGUCUUUGGUAACAAUGCUGCCAUCACUUUUGCUGGUGCAUCCGGUCAAUUUGAAUUAAAUGUUUUCAAACCAGUCAUGAUCUACAACUUGUUAAACUCCAUUCAAUUAUUGAGUGAUGGCUUGAGAUCUUUCAGAUUAAACUGUCUCGAUGGUAUUAAAGCCAACAAGGAAAAAAUUGACAAAUUAUUACACGAGUCUCUUAUGUUGGUUACUGCUUUAAAUCCAAAAAUCGGUUACGAUAAGGCUUCCAAAGUAGCCAAAAAUGCUCAUAAAAAGGGUAUAACAUUAAAGGAAUCCGUUUUAGAAUUAGGUUACUUAACUGAGGAAGAAUUCCAUCAAUGGGUUGUUCCAGAAAACAUGAUAGGUCCUAAAUAGACUAUCUAUUGUCUCUAUUGUUAAUAAUUUAUUUUUUUCCUAAACAUUUUUAACAAGCAAACUCACUUUUAAACUCGGUUCUAAAUGCAGUUUUCUUUGUUUUCUUUGUUCUCUUUGUUCUCUUUGUUCUCUUUAAGUUCAAUAUUCUAUUUUAGUUUAUAUAUAGUAAUGUGAUGUGUAUGAUUCAACAAACAACUGUUUGUGGAGACCAA